CAAUUAGGGGUUUUUUUUGCAUGAAUUUUUAAUUUUUUUUAUUGCGCCUCCGAUCCGUUCUGUUCGAACCGAAGGAGUCAAAAAAAAAAACAAAAACAAAAACAAAAAACAACCCAAUAAUUAAAAUAAAAAAAAAAUUCCAAAGCGUCUUUUAGGGAAAAAGAAAAAAAAUAAAAAAAAAAAAGAAUCCCAACCCGACCGAGAUCCGACGGGGGUGGAAUAAAUGAGAUUUUUCUUAAUUUUCCUGCUCCAGUGAGGAAUCCUCUCCACCCCGAGCCGGCUUUUCCUCCUUCUCCUCGGAGUCCUGGAGUCUGGCAGUCCUGCUCCUCUCUCCAAGCCGGCCUCGGAUCUGCCGGAGCAGCCCCCAACAGCCGAGUUCUCAGCCUGAAGGGAGGAGGAGGAGGAGGAGGAGGAGGAGGAGAAUAACUCGCAGCGAGGAUCUGCCCUCGGCGCAGACAAUAACGCAUCUCCGAGGAAGAUCCGAUGCGGAUUUGGGAAUGCGGGAAGGAUUUAAUCAGGGUCAGCUCCCACCAGACAGCUGGAGAGGGGCCGUCACGUGGCCUCGGGGUGCCAAUGUUCUGCCAUAGGGGUGUCAAGACCCUGGUAGCCACAAAAACGCUCGCGGAAGAUGCAGAAGACCUCGUACUACGACAGCUCCACGCUCUUCGGGGGUUACUCCUACGGCAGCGCCGCCGCCGCCAAUGGAUUCGGCUACGAGGGCGCCCAGCCGCCUUUCCAGGCCUCUUCCCACAUGGAGAACGACUUCCAGAGGUCCUCGUGCUCCCUGCAGUCCCACGGCAAAAAUAAAGAGCUCAACGGGAGCUGCAUGCGGCCCGGGGAGCCGCCGGCGUCGCCCAACGCCGCCAACGCCGACGGCAGCAAUGGCCAGGCCGGCGGGGGGAAAAACAACCCCGGCAAAGGCAAUGUGGGGGCCGGUGCCAGCAUCUCCAAGCAGAUCUUCCCCUGGAUGAAGGAGUCGAGGCAGAAUUCCAAGCAGAAGAACGGCUCGCCCGGCGCAGAAACCUGCGGCGGCGGCGGCGGCAGCGGCGGUGAGAAAAGCCCCCCGGGCUCCUCGGCCUCCAAGAGGGCGCGCACGGCCUACACCAGCGCCCAGCUGGUGGAGCUGGAGAAGGAAUUCCACUUCAACAAAUACCUGUGCCGGCCGCGGCGCGUGGAGAUGGCCAACCUGCUGAACCUCAGCGAGCGCCAGAUCAAGAUCUGGUUCCAGAACAGGAGGAUGAAGUACAAAAAGGAUCAGAAAUCCAAAGGCAUGGGCGGCUCUUCCUCCGGAGGGCCUUCCCCCGCGGGCAGCCCCCCGCAGCCCAUGCAGGCCUCGGCGGGGUUCCUCAACGCCUUGCACCCCAUGAGCGGCGCCUACGAGGCGCCGUCGCCGCCUUCCUUCAGCAAACCCCACCAAAACGCCUACGCCGUGGCCGCCCCCGGCUACCAAGCGCCCCUGAAGGGUUGCCCGAGCCAGCAGAAAUACGCCGGGGCCGCCGCGGCGGCCGAGUACGAGCCGCACGUCCUGCAGGCCAACGGCGUGGCCUACGGGACGGCCGGCAUGCAGGGCAGCCCCGCGUACGUCGGAGGGAACUUUGUGGAUUCUCUGCCCGCCUCGGGCCCGGCCCUUUACGGCCUCAACCACCUGCCCCACCACCAGACCGCCGGCAUGGACUACGGAGGGGUCCCCCCGGGCCAGCCCCACGGACCGUGCGAGAGCCACGCCGCGUACACGGAGCUCUCGUCGCACCACGCGACUUCUCAGGGCAGAAUCCAAGAGGCGCCCAAGCUCACCCACCUGUGAGAGGCGAAGCUGUUUCGGGGAGAAAAAGGGCGGUUUGGGUUUCAGGGAUGUUUGUGUUGGGUUUUUUUUCCGGCCUCGAUGGUUUUGGCGGGGUUAUCACGCUCGGGGUUUUGGGGUUUUGUUAUGAGCACAAAAUCCAAGCGGUUUUGGUGGCUUUGGAGGGGAGGAACCUCGUGGGUUUUGGCACAAGUUCUUCUGAAACGGGCUUGGGGUGGUUUUGUGGGAAUUCUGCAGGGUUUGAGUGGCCAAAUCCAUCGUUUCCAAGCCACGGCUGGAUCGUCACCGAUAAUUCCCGGAUGCCGGGAAGGAGAAGAGUCCGCCAGCCAAGUUUUGGGGUAUCUGCAUCCAAAAAACCCCCAAAGAGAUCCACCAGGAAUCUCCCCCGUCCUCCGAGUCCUUCUCCCGAUCCACCUGUGCGUUCCUCCCCAGUGGAAAAGGGAAAAACCCAAUUUCCCACGGGAAAAAACCCAAUUUCCCAAUGGAAAAAGGAACAAUCCCAUUUCCCACAGUGUAACUCCCAACCCAAACCUGCAAAUCCCCACACCCGCCAAGGCCCGGGAGCCACGCUCGUCCCUCCAGGCCCUGCUCCCCCUCUCCAAAACAACAACACAAAAAAUUUUUUUGAAAAAAUUCGGGAUAAGAGAGGUCUAACCCCGCAAAGGCUUGAGGAAAUUGUUGGCAACGCCUAAAUCCCCCUUUUUUCCCCCCCACCCAAAAUUCCAAAGAGAGGAAGAAAGAGCUCCCAGGUCUGAAUAUUUCCCUUCCUUCGCCUCUGCUGAGGCGAAAUCUCAAUUUCUCCAUUUGGGGAGGGUUUCUUUUUUUGGGGGGUGGUGUUUUUUAGGGUUGACAAGCAGAAAAAAAAGCAAUUUGGGAAAUCCUGAGCUUCUUUCCUCCUCUCCUUUGAGCUGACGUGAAAACAGGGUAUAUUUGAGCAGAGGGAAUGUCCUCCCACGGAAGCAGAAGCCGAGGGAUCCUGGGAUCUGCUGACGCUUUCCUGCCUGGACAUCUUUGUUGCACUUAGAGUUUACAUAUAAUGGGUAUUAAAAAAAUAAUAAUAAUAAUAAAUAAAAGCAACUUUGAAGGGCUCUCAGCUCCGUCGAGGCGCCCUUCAGUUAGGUGUGUGUUCUGGUGAACAUUCAUAUAUAUUUAUUGGUUAUAGCCAGUUGAAAAUAUUUUCUUUUUUUUUUUCUUCCUUUUUUUUUGUAUUAUUUAUCCCCCCCCAAGACCAUGUAUUUAUAUGAGGGAAAAGCAACGAAACAAACAAAAAAAAAAGGACAAAAAUAAGAAUCAAAUGGUACUUUUUUAGCAUUUCCUUCCAAAAAAAGAAAAAAAAAAGCAGAAAAAAAGUAAAAAAAAAAAAAAUUAAAAAGAACCUUGUGUUCCCCUUGUCACUGUACCACGAGCUCCUUUUAGUUAUCGUAAUUUAGGGAGAAGCAGUAGUUUUAUGUUACCUUGGUACUUAUGAAUAAUGUAAUUAGUUCUACUGGAGGCAUGAGAGCAGAAGCAGACUGUAAUUGUUUAGUCCUGAAUUAGAAGAAUUUCAUCGCGGCUCCCUCCCCUCCCGCCCCUCCUCGCCGGAGCUCUUCCUUUGUUCUUACAGUAGUUCUUUUCUUUCCUCGCUUCGAGGCUUGUCUGCUCAACAAUUCCUGAAUAAACUUUUCUGU